AUGAAAGAGCAUUAUCUAUUAGGAGAAGUCUGCAGGAUUAUUGUUUUUGCUGUUCCUACGAUGGUGUGCUACUUCGCAAUUUGCUAUUCCCCUAGGAUGACCGCUAAAUUAGUCGGUACUGCUGUUUCUGAUUUCCUCACUAACAUUCUUUACGGAAUUAUCAUCUCUAUGAGAAGAAAUUCUUACGAAGUAUGGUUCCAGAUCGUAAUUUUUAUACUCUUAUUAAUCUUACUCUUUAUCAAAUUCCAUUGCGCAAGAGUUUUCAUUUUGCAAUUGACAGAAACGCCUGUUACAAGGAAUUUCCAUGAAGCAAUAUGCAAUAGCCUUGGAAAUCCACCCGUUGUUAAAAUUUUGCGUCGUCCAAAUAAUAAUUUACAGCAAUCAAGAGAAAUUUCGCCAAUAUAUUUCGAUUACGAUACGUGGCAAGACUUAACACCAUUCCCAGAGGUCAAAUACUCCGAAUGUUUAAAGGUUACCACUGCAACUAACUGUUGUUUCACAGAAAGAGCGCAACAAGAGAUGGCCAAGCAAAUUAACGAUGUACAGAAGAGAAACCCGGAUUAUACAGUCGAAAUUUCUACUUCUUCUCCAAAUAGUUCUUCUUAUUUUGUGGCAAAUACAUCUGGUAAGAAAACUAAUAAAUUAAAUUGGAUGAGAUCAACAUUUUCAUUGAUUAUAUACUAUAUUGGUGUCGCAAUAGGUUACAGACUUUGGUUUGAAUAUUUAUAUUUUUCAACCGUCCAAGAAGUCAAAGUUUCAAUGAGCAAAUGCAUAGGAGUAGGAGGUGACAAUCUUCGUGCAAGAAAGAAUGAAAUUGAUCGAACAGCUCAGAAUAAUUUUUCAUUAUAUCUGCGCGCUGCCGAUAAAUACAAUAUUAUUCCAAAGGAUAUGUAA